GGCGAUGGAGGCGGGGGAGGGGGCGGAGGGGGCCCGCGCCGCCGGGGCACUUGCAAGUGGUUCAACGUCGCCAAAGGAUGGGGCUUCAUCUCCCCCGAUGACGGCAGCAGCGACGUCUUCGUUCACCAAAGUGUUAUCCAAAUGAGUGGAUUCCGGUCGCUAGGAGAUGGAGAAGAAGUAGAAUUUGAGUGUAAAGCGACUGGAAAGGGCCUCGAAGCAACUUUAGUAACCGGUCCCAAAGGAUCACCUUGCGUUGGUUCCAGCCGGAGACCUGUUUCCAAGAAAAGAUUCCGGAAAUUCAGGUGUUACAACUGCGGCGAGUUCGCGAACCACCUGGCGGCGAAAUGCUCCCUGGGCCCGCAGCCGAAGAGGUGUCACUUCUGCAAGUCAGACGCCCACCUCAUCGCGGACUGCCCGUCCAAGCCGGAAGACAAGCACGACGAGAAAGCGGGCAAGUCCUCCGUCAACGGCUCCAACGACGCGCCCGAAUCCAACGGGGACGCAGGCCCCCCCUCCAACGGCGCCCCUUCACCGUCGCCCUCGAAAAGCCCCAAAGACGACAAAAAAUAAACCCUACCCGUUCGAGAGUCGGUCAUCCCCGACCCUCCUCUGUAAAAACUUACUUUUAAAAACCGCGAAAGUUUCGGCAAAUCGAAAAGUUUAAAGUACGUGUUUGUUGUUAAAUUAAGAGUGCAUGCACUUUAUAUGCGAAGCUCCACAGGCAGGAAAGAGACCCCGGAAAAUUUUUCAAAAAUAAGGCACUACCUUGGAGAAAUAAAAAUGAGUAGUUUUGUAAGUUUUAAACCGAUUUUAAAUCUUUUCAGACUGAGGGAAAGCUGAAAUUUUCCUGAAUGCAUCGACGGUGGAACUACCUAUCUUGAUUUGCGGCGUUGCAAACUUCCGGUCAUAAUUUAUUUUCUACAUCGUAAACUAGUAAACGUCAUCUCUUGAAAAAUCUGGUAAUUUUUCCUCUCUAAGUGAGGAAUAUUCUGUGAAAAUUUCAAAGCAUGAUUCGUGUUUAGUCUCUUUGUAAAAAAUAAAAUAAGAGCGGAAACUUUGAAACCUCGCAACCGAGAUACGCAUUUUUGCAGUUUCACCGUCGAUAUGGUAAAGCUGCGAUCUUUGAGGGAGUUUUACUCUCUUUUCUCUUUUCUCCUUUCCGUCUAAAAAGGUUUAAUGUCGGUUAACAACCAACGUUAUUUUAUGACGUGGGGGCAUUCACUCUUUGAUACACCAAAGUAUCGCCGGUAUCCUUGGUUGCGACUCCCCGGAAAUUUCCGACAUUUUUAUUGUCUUGCGGUAAUUCUCUGUAUGUUCUCAGCAAGUUUACCGAUUUGUUUUCAAACACGAUUAACUUAAGAAUUGGAUGCUGAGGCAAGUUUUUCCAAAAUGAAGGAGAGGCCAGUCACUUUACCACGCAGGCUCACAAAAUUAUCGGAAGAACGGAAAAAUCUGUCUGCUUUUCCAAUAAUUUGACACACCUCCCCGCUCCGAUUUCGGGUUUUGAUGUAUACCGAAUGAACACAACCACAGUGAAAUUACCGAAAGAUCGUAAAAUUACCGCAAAUUCCGUUUAUGAUAGAUUACAAUCAGGAAAUUUUGUCAUUUCACCGUUUUCCCCUUUGUGUGCGCAUAUCGGCAAAAUCAUUAACUCUAAUUUAGAUUAAGCCCUUGACUACGAGAUUACCACCCCCAUGAUCCCAAGUGAAAAAAGUUCAAUAUAAUCCUUUAGAGUCUCUGUAACGUCAGACUUGUCAGGCUGAUUGCGUUCUGACAUGAAUAUCUAUAUUUAUAUUCAUCACAUUGACGUUACUGCGGCGUUAAAGUGACGUUCGACUCACUUUAAUCUUGAAAGAUACUGAUUUCCAAGUCGAUUUGCGCCACACGGGUAGUCUGUGCCAUGCAAUCAAACUAACUUUAAUCUCGGCAAUUCACUUUAAUUGAACUCAAUCUCAUCUUUUUUUGUGGCGGAAACAGACUUCAUCGAGCCGUUUUAGAAAUAAAGUUCACAAUUUAAGUGUAUGCACACUUAAGUCUGAGAGGACUUCCUCAACGCAUGCCUCGUAUUGUAAAGCUCUGCAUGCUCCUGUUGUGUAAGGGGUUGAAUUCCAUACCGACAUCAAAAAACAUAUUGUCGUUCUUGAAGCGUUGGAUGGAAAAUCAGACAUUCAUAAGUUAGUGAUCCUGUACUAACAAAAAAGCUCAAUAUUGCCAACAAUAUAGCUUGUUUCACCACUCAUCAUUUAUACACGUCAAUUGCAGCGUUUCUACCUACGACAGCUUCUAAAUACUUUGAAAAGUCGAAUUUUAAGGCUCCGGAGAUUGGUCAAUAUUCGAUUAUAUAUAGUCUUAUAGAAGAUCAUUGAAUUGGUCUCUUUUGGAUUAUCUUUGAACUUACCAAAAUUCCUUCAGUCGUGGAGAAAAUGUUUUCCCUCGAAAUUAAACGUAAAGUAAUGUGGACCAAUGCAAAUUUUUACUCAAUAUCCUUCGAUUCAAGUAUAAAGUUAAAUUGCUUUUUCUUCCUGUAAAUUCAGUACAUUUUUCGAACAGAAUUUAAACUAUAGUCAUUGAGUUCUAGACUUGGCUUUAUGAAGUUUGAUCGUCUCUACAAAUAAUUAAAUUAUCGUUAAUUUAUUAUGAUUCUCAUAUAUGGAGCAUUAACUAUUGAAUCUUUGGAAUAAAUCUUAAUAGAUCUUCGACCAUAAAGUGAGUGUAGAAAACGGAUCAUUACUUUACAUGAAACGAUGGAACGGUAUUCAGCAUUAGGAAUGAAUCCUAAGGAAAGCAGCUUGUUAGGAUGGUUUCCAAAGCAGCAGCCUUUGGAAAAAGUCUGGCUAUUGCACCACCUCUUACAAAAGUCAAUCGUUGCCAUAUUCCUACCUACUUACUAACCUCAGGGAAUCUUAAUUUAAGUUACAAAGUAAGCUCUUACGCGAUCUUCACAACCAAAUCACUCCUUAAGCUCAGUAGGGUUUUGCCACUUAAUUUUCGAAAAUGAACCUCACUAUUUAUAGGUAAGUUGCAGAAAGCAUUCUAUAUAUAUGUAUAGUAAAAUUCCAUUCUCAGGGUCUGAUUAUUUCAGAAUGAAUACAAAAUGUCAUUUCAUGCAACGAAAUACUGUAAAUUCUCUAUUAACUAAGUGAGAGACAGGUAUUAUUGUAACAUAAUAAAUUGAUAGAUUCAAAAGCUCAAUAUGUUCCAGCCAAACGCUCUACCUACCUAGGUAUAUAAUUAGUCAGCUUUUAUGGUGUUUAAAGAAUUCCAUUUGUGAGUGGGUGGAAAUCUAGUAAACUUUACAUGAAAUGUUUAAGAAGUUUAUUGAUAGUGUUUUAUUAAUGUUAUUCUUUGUUGUUAAAAUCAAAACAAAUUAUUAUUAGCGCUAAGAGCAUUUAUAGAUAGUAGCCCAAUUAUUACUUUACCAAAUAUGUUAAAAGUACAAAAUAUUUUCGCAAAAUAAGUACUUACAUGAUAGGUAUAUUUUUUUACAGCGUGAAUCACUUGUAGUACCUACUUUAGGCAAAUUUCUCCCUCAAUUUCGUUUUAUCAGGCGCGCCAUUCUUAAAGAUAUGAGGUUUACCGUAAAAAUGCCUGUUAUUAUGAAUCCAUUAUUUUUUCGACAUAAAGCGGCACUAUCAUUACGCAAAAGUGUUAAUAACAUGCAUGUGAAUGUGGCAGAAAUGAGUUAGAGCGCAAAUGAUGGAUUAAAACACCAUCCUAAUCUCCUUGUCCCAAGAAUCGACUACCAGUCACCUGCUAAUAUUUAUUAGCUGAUAAAAAACUUAAUUGGAUUCCAUCGUUUCUAUAUCAAAAGCAACAAAUUUCAAUAAGCCAUUGGAAUCGGUUAGAGAUCAAGCAUCGUGAAACAUGUGCCAUCAUCAAAAUCUUUCAUUGAGCAGGGUAUAAAACAUUAAAUAUUUGAUUUCGACCCAUACAUGAGAAAUGAGCAUUUCUUAUGAUCGUAAAUUCAAACUUCCCGCCCACCAAGAAACCGAAGUCCAUCUUUUGAUUAAAAGACUUGUCUUGCGGUGCAUAACUCAAACCCUGUCUGUAAGGGUGUGUCAUCAACUACUGGCAAAACGUUUAAUCAUUUUGCGUCUGCUUUUCUUGAUUUUUUACAAUUAUGAGGAUUGUCGUUAGCGGUUGAGAUGAUGUUUUAAUUUAAGAUUUGGCUUCUAGCUCAUUCCGCACACAAUAAAAAUAUUUUAGGGUUGUAACGGUUGUUUUUAUGGGAUAACAUACGGUCUGCUCAGUACGUUCCACGCACUUGAAAGGAGGUGCAAAAGUUGGGUGUAACGUAUUGUUUGAUCGGUGGCAGAAAGAAAGUAACGUCUCAGGACAUUGCAAAAUUAUUUUAAGAUAGGUUCCUGUGAAACUAAAAUUUUACGAUGACUCAGUUAAAUGUAUUAUUACCACGUACUACGGGUGCAUUUCCACUUCCAUGUCUGUAAAUUUAACAAUAUCUGUUAUUGUUACCACUUAAAGGGAAUUUUUACAACAGCGAGCAAUACAUGAAUCCUAACACCUGUAUACGAAUAAAAAUAAGAAGAGCCAGUGGAAAAUUAGCUCCAGAAAAAGUGUCGGUCAUAGACAAAAGAACAAUACCUUACUGUUUAUUUUGAAAUCGACGGCGUUAGUCCGCAAUCACGUAUCAAUUUUGCGGUGUUUCAAAAUCUCCGCUCUUACUUCAUUUUUUUUAAAAUGAGAACAAGUCAACAUCAUUCCUUGAACUUCUCACAGAAUCUUCUCCACACAGAGAAGAAAAUUCAUUGCAGUUUAUACGAAUUGCUGUGAGUGAAUUUCCAUUAAAAAUAUAAAGUAAAUCGCAGACCGAGAUGCGUGGUUGCGCACUUUCACUGUCGAAAUUCUUCACCAGUCUGAUAAACUAUGAAGUCAUCAAAAAUAUGACUUUCAAAGAGCUUGAAUAGAUUAUUUCUGCUUUGUUGAAAAAAAAAAUCGGUUAUGCUGUUCGGAAAAAGCUCAAACAUAAUUUUUUUAAAAAAAAAAAAAUAAAAAACAAUCGAAAUGAGUUCGAUCAUUAAACUCACGACUCAAGUAUAGUCUAAUCUUGUUGCUUUGUUGAUUUUUCAUUUGUCUUAUGCAUUAAUAGUCAAUUUCUCCUGUAAGCAAUUCUGACACAGGUACAAACAUAUUCAGCGUGUACAAAUAAAUUAAUCAUUCUUAAGUAAGUUAUUCGCAUUAAGGCAGUUAGUCACUGCGUUUAAAAUGAGGCUAAUCAAGGGCUGGGGAAAACUAAGCGCUUUUCCGUACUUUCAUUGAAUUUAACAUCUCUCAAAAUGUGUUUCUUUCCUCCGAGGAAAAGAAAGGAAAUAAACCGAAACGUCAUCUUUGAACCUAUGAAAAAUCAUUGGGACAAAAGGAAAUACGGUUAAUGAAUUUAUCUGUCAGUCUACAAAGAAACUUUCAAUGAUAUUCACCCUGGACCUAAUCCAGAAUAUAUUCAUAAGUAGAAAGCAAAGGUGAUAAAUUAAUUUUUUGUAUCCUUUUACUGAUUUAAAUUCUGCAUUAUUUCGUAAGUUUGUGUUGAAGAGAAGAAUAGCUUCUCUCUUCUUGUUUGAACCUAUGAGUUUGUUUGGAAUUUCAGAGAAAGCUUUCAAUUGCCUCGUGUGCACUCACAGUAUAUCUAAUCAGCAUUUACAGAAUACGAAAAAAUAUUAUUUUGAUACCUGCGUACGGAUCUCAUGACAUAUAUAAAUAUAUGGCAUGAUAUAAUGUUAUGUACUUGUAUUAGACGUUUCAAUUUUUACGUAAGCCAAAUACUUACAUUCUAAGAAAAAUGUUCUUUUCAUCUUUGCACCAAUUGCUGCAUUCAUUCUCAGCCAGCCUUUUCCAAGUCUGUCUCUAUGUUCAAAACUUAGGAGUUAGACAGACGGAGCUGUUUGAAUUUGCAUAUUCUCCUGCUAAUAACUAAUUAGUUAAACACAUAAGACAAACAUUAACGCAGGCGGUAACCUGUAAUCUCUGAGUAUCUUUUUCUUCUAAGGACUUAACCUCUCCACUUUCAUCCGGGAUAGUCCUAAAUGUUGCUUUCAUGUUAGAUGAUGUCCUUAGCUGUUUUGCAUCAUCCUAUGGUUUCCUCACAUUGGCUGAGUCAACCUCAUGUGGAGAGUGUACUCUACUUGGCCUGGGGAGGGUCUAAUUUGUAGCCUCAAAAUAUCCUCAACUUGUGGAGAUCAAGUUAUACUAUUGGAUACUUUGUAGGUCUAAAAGAGAAAAAACCAUAGUACACAUUAACGUAACAUAUACACCAUCAAAAUAUCAAAUACAUCUAUGUCAUCGUAAUCAGUAAGCAGCAUGUAAAUAAAGUUUUUUUAGGAAAGUUUCCAGGAGGCAUUGGAUGUUCCGGCACUAUAGUUGAUUUAGUUGUAUUCCUGCCGGAAAUCUCAUGCUAUACUGAAAACUCCAACUCCAGAAUUUCUCCAGUUGAAUAAAUGAUAUCUUACCUGAUAUCAAUCCUCCAAUUUAGACAAGAUUAAUUAUUUUCAAGAUUUAAUUACAUGUACCUAUAGUCAAUGAUCGUUGAAGAUUAAUUCAUAAUCAGUUUUUAGAGAAUGUCUUUUGUUUAGCCUAUAUUGUUCGUAUGUGAAGGUAUUGUUGAACUCAGGUUUUCUUUUCUUCCUCCUAUCUCAAUUUUCCUAUUCCUCUACAAUAAGUGUCAUUAUGAAUAUUGUAUCGUUUAUUUUUUUUUUUCAAGUGGCUGUAAAAUCAGUACAAAAUACAACGCACUACCUCAUUACAGAAAAGAGAGGCAUUACCUCAUUCAAUAAUAUUCUCGUUCCUUAUAAAAUCUGCAGCCUCAACGGAACGCAUGUUUCAAACCGGCACCAUUCCAUUCUUUGCUACAUGCGCAAGACGAAGGGCACACAUACUACCGUUCUGAGGAAAGCCGCGUGAACAUUCGAGAGUUGCCAAAUUUCCUCGAAUAAAACAUGUAUUUUGGAGGAAAGUUAUGCAUAUUUUUCUUUGAAAUUUUCAGAUAUUUUAGAUUAAAUUGCGUACAAAAUUGUCUGAAAAAUUUGAAGAAAAAUAUUCAAAAUUUUUCCAAUGAAUCCGUUUUAUAUUGAAGGAAAUAUGACAACGCCUGAGAGUUCAUACGGCAUUCUCCCUUAGCACGGCUGCAUACCCGUGUGCAUGAUGGACAUGCGUGGGUUUUGUGAGCACUGCCGCAGCAUAGGUCGUCCUCACUUUGGAUUAAUGCUUAAAUAUUCUCAGGUCCUGAAACUGUGAUCUGAUCGACAUCCCUCUCUUUCAUGCUUAACUGUCUCAUCUACUCAUUAGUUUGAAUAAGUAGUUUAUAUAUAAAUAUAAAUGUUUAGUGUAAUCUGUGGCACAAAUCUGUGUUGAAUGUUGCAACUUAUAGGGAAAUUAUUGCCCGUGAAGCAUAAUUUUCAUGAACUCUCAGGGUAAUUCACUCAUCAAAGCUUAAUCGGACGCUCGCUUUUCCAAGUAAUCCUUGUAGUCGAGGACUGAGCUCAAAAUUGAUUGUUCAUUUAUACUUUUGUUUUCGACUUUAAUUAAAGUUAAUUUUUUAUAAUACGUACUUGAUUACCUUUAAAUAUGCCAAUUCGUUGAAGAUGGCGAUGACAAAUAAUGAGAGGUGUCACAACAAACCUAAGCAUAAACUACUAAAAAUAAAAAUACUGCAGAAGAUGUAUUAGUAAGACUUGAAAUCUAUGGAUAAUUCAUAAGUAUUUUUUUAAAAAAGGGUGGGGGGACUUCAUAUAAAUUUUCGGAUUGCUACGAGUAGGCAGUAUCAAGUAAAACUCUUUUUCAGAGACCAAAAAAUACGAAGGACAGAAUUUCACAAAGAAACAAAUAUUUUAGGAGUGAAUCGACGGCUAAGGUAAAAAAUAUGUGUAUCUCCAAUUUAUUGCAAGGCUGCUAUUUUACCACUAAUAUUUUAUUUUAUUUUUAAUAAGAAAACCAACAAACAGGUUUUUUGUGAAUUUUCUUCACUCGUCCAAAGGCGUUUACAAACAUUUUCACCGAAAAAAUUCUGUCAGUUUUCUUCUAGGAAAAAAACAUAAUCAAAGAUUUUUAAACUUUGCGAUGAAGGAACGCAUUUUUUUACUUUAGCCAUUGAAAUACAUUUUCCUGAGAUUGACAUCAGAGGACAUAUUUUUCAAUGUUAUGAUUUUGUGAAGCGUUAAUUUUUAGUCUUUAUUUGGUAGCGCUUCAAGAUUUAAAAUGAUCUUAGUAUCAGACAACGUUUCAUUAUCUCAAAUUAAAUCUCCGUGAUGCAACACAUUUUCGAUAACGAAUCCCAUAAUUUUAAGUUUUUGAGAUCGUAAAGAUAAUUUCAAAAAAUUUAAAAACUUUCUUGUUCUGAAAAUACUUCAAGGUAAAAAUAUGUAUUCUACUUCUCCCAACUACUGCUAUUCUUGAAGGCAAGGAACGAUAAUUGAAGUAUUUUGAUUUGCAAGUUUUUGAUCAGAGACAUGGGAAAAAUAAUAAACCUUUCAUACAUCAAGAAGUAAAGAACGGAUAAAAAUGAAACUUCAAUAACUAAUUUUGGCGACUUGUUUAUAAUUGGAUUAUCAUAUCGUAUUAAAAAUGAGCGCUGUGACUCUAUUGUAAGAUAUGACGUAACAUUUUUCUAUGGUUUUAUUCUAAUAGGGAUUCUUCACUUGCAUUUCCUUUUCCUGUAGUCGUAUAGUUCGAUUGUUAUUUUAUUUUAGCGAAUUAACUUUGAUUCUGUACAACGCUAGUUUUUAAUGGUUGAGUUAACUGAAUCCAAUUCAGCCUGUUAUUUUCAGUUUUAAUGUAAUUAAUUUAAAAUUAUAAUAACUGCGAAUUAAGUGUAAAUCAUGUGUUAUUUUGUGUUAAAACUAAUCAAAUAUAUUGCAAUAAUUAUAAAAACG